CAAUGGUCGUGCAACAAGUCCACUUGGGUGAGCGGGGUAGUUGGUUAUUGGCAGCGUCUUUGCCUUCCCAAUCCCAAAUCUAAAUUUGGAAUCCCAUCUCCAAGACUCCAAGACUCCAAGACUCCAAGUGCUGCUGCAAAGCUCUACUGACAGUCAAACCAAAAAUGGGCAGCACUAGAAAACCAGUCAAGUACGCAGUGGUUGACGCCUUCACUGAUUCCGAAUUUAAAGGUAAUCCGGCUGCUGUUUGCCUACUCGAAGAGGAGAAAGAAGAUGAUUGGCUCCAAUCAAUUGCUGCUGAAUUCAACAUCUCAGAGACUUCUUACCUCACACCCCUUCCUCUUUUCGAUUCCCCUCAUCCUAGAUUUCAGCUCCGUUGGUUUACUCCUGUUGUUGAGGUAGAUCUCUGUGGCCACGCAACAUUAGCAGCUGCGCACUUUUGUUUCACAUCUGGUUUGGUGAAGGCAAAUACAAUAGAAUUUUCAACACGCUCUGGCAUCUUGACGGCCCAUAAAGUGUUAGAACAACAUUUAUCUGCCUCAGCUGAGAGUGAAAAUGGUGAAUUGGAACAACCGUUCUUCGUUGAAUUAGAUUUUCCCGCAAUUGCAACAAAUGAUUGCAAUUCAGAUGAGACCUCUUCAAUAUAUACAGUAUUAAGUCAUGAUUUGGUGAUCGACAUGAAGAGGACCGCUUCAGAUGAUCUCUUUGUUGUCUUGCCAUCAGCAAAAGCUGUUAAAGAUGCGCAACUGGAUCUUGAGAGAAUUAGUAAAUGCCCUGGUAGGGGGCUGAUCAUAAGUGCAGCUGCACCACCUGGAUCUGGGUUCGAUUUUUACAGUCGAUUUUUCUGCCCGAAGAAUGGCAUCAAUGAGCACUCUGCAUCUCUUGUUAUGAGGAAUAUGUUAGGAUCCUGUUUGUGGGAGUGCGCAUUGUGCUUUAGCAUUCUAUUGGUCCAAGAAGCUGGGGAAAACUGAUUUUAUUGCAUAUGCGGCAUCACCUCGAAGUGGGACUGUGAAGCUGCACUUGGAUGAGCAGAACAAUAGAGUUAAACUCCAGGGAAAAGCUGUUACUGUGAUGGAAGGUUCUAUUAUGGUGUGACCAUGAAGUUAUGUAUGUUCAGUAGGGCUGGAAAUUGCUUGAAUUUGCUCUUGCGGAUGGAAACGUAGUGUGUGAAAAAUAAGUUGGAUUUCCUUGCUAACACUAAUAAAAACUUAAUAAAAGACAUGAACGCAUAAGACAGUGCAUUGUGAUGGUAAUUUGAAUAUUUUCCGUCUAGCGAGUUGGAGUACAUGUUUUAUUGUGACUAGGCUUGUGAUCCAUGUCAUAUACGGGCUAGAAUAUAUUGUAGCAAUAGUACGUAUAUUUCUUGUUGAAAAAUCUACUAUAAUUUUUUUUAAUAAAUAAAAGUAAUUGUAAGAGGUUAUUAAAUAAUAUUAAUAAUUGAUCAAAUAUUAAUAUUUAGAAACAUUAUUAUCUAUUAUGAUUAGUGAUUUCAAAUACUUUUGUAAUAUUAUAAGAAUUUAUUUGCUAUGAUACAUAUAUGACUAUAUGAAAAUUAAAUA